CGGCGGCUCAACACUCCCGGACGUGAAAUCGUGACUUCGCAUGCUCGUCGCGACUCAAGAGAGGCAACCGCUCGAAGCGUUGCUUCCUUUUGUUAAUACGUCGCGUAUCAACUCCAAAAGGAAUUGAUCUGUACAAACAUACAUACGUGUAACGUGAACAGCAAAAUAAUACGUUGACAUCACGGUUUCACGCCGGAUAUACACACUGAGUGCGUUUGUGCGUCGAUGAGUGACGCGAGGUUAAAACGAGAUUUAUUAUUCAACGCAAUUAUCAACGAUAUACGUAAAAUUGAAAGUGACCGAACUGGAUAUUAAACGAUCGCGCGAGAAGAAGGAUAUAUUCGUGGUGUCAAGAGAGUCGCCCACCACGCACGCGCGGCGCCGCGUUUGAAGUCUUAUCGUAUCUGACCGCACUGUGAGAGACGCGCGAUGACUGUCCGCGGCGUCCCGAUACUCCUGUUCCUCGCCGCCGUUUUCAUCUCGUUGCCUGCUUGCGACGCCGCCUCCGCACACAUUCACACGCAUCAGCAUAACAAAGUCGACAGCAAUGAGAGGAUGGAGGAUGGGGCCUUCAGUCCCCGCGACGCCGAUCACUAUGCGGAGGGAGAACAUCAUCAGGAAUUCGACCAUGAAGCCAUCCUUGGAAGCGUAAAGGAAGCAGAAGAAUUUGACAAGCUUCCAAUAGAAGAAUCCAAAAAGAGAUUGGGGAUUUUGUUGACCAAGAUGGAUCUGAACAAGGAUAAGUAUAUAGAAAGGAACGAACUGAAAGCUUGGAUCUUACGUUCAUUUAGCAUGCUGUCCGCAGAAGAAUCUCAAGAUCGCUUGGAUGAUGCUGACACAGACGAAGACGGCAGAGUAACUUGGGAUGAAGUUUUGCAAGAUACUUACGGCAGUGAUCCCGAAGAUCUAGCUCAAGAUGAUAAGUUGUUCAAAGACGACAAAGAAACGUUUGAAGUUGCCGAUUUGAACAAAGACGGUUAUUUGGAUACGGAUGAAUUCAAAGCUUAUACUCAUCCCGAGGAAACGCCUAGAAUGUUCCCUCUUUUAUUGAAGCAUGCCUUAGAGGAUAAGGAUGUAGAUAAGGAUGGUUAUAUCAGCUUUCAGGAGUUCAUCGGUGACAGAGCCAAAUCGAAGGAUAAAGAAUGGUUAUUGACCGAAAAGGACAAGUUCGAUUACGAGCAUGAUAAAAAUGGAGAUGGCAGGCUCGACUCGGACGAAAUCCUUUCUUGGCUUGUGCCGAGUAACGAAGAGAUAGCAAGUGACGAAGUGGAUCACCUGUUUGUGGGUUCCGACGACGACCACGAUAAUAGAUUAUCGUUCGACGAGAUCUUGGACCAUCAUGAUAUUUUCGUGGGUAGUGAAGCUACUGAUUACGGUGAUCAUUUACAAGAUAUCGAUCGCUUCUCGGAUGAGCUGUAAAAAAUCGGCUCACUCAUUAAUCAAAAAGUUACAUGUUCGUAAUACUCAUUGGAGAUUCGAGUGAUUAAAAUCAUGAGUUUUAGCAUUUUUCAGUGCGUACCACUUAGUAAUUAUUUGUUUAGGUUUACCCGUUUAUGCAGCCGUUAGAAUAAAUUCUAACACAAAAUCUAUGACAUUUGCACGCCUAUA